AUGCUCACUACCAAAAAGCUAGGAGGUUUAUUCCUCUGUUUGGUGCUGCUUGCAUUGUUUCGGCACUCUGCUAGUGACGGUAAGGUACAUAACUACCUUCAGGACCGCCAAAUUGGGCUCUGGGGCAAACCAAGAAACGUUGCACUAUCGGUGGACCAGGUCAUGAAUCACCUCAAUUUUGAUGUGGAAUAUAAUGGAACUUCAGACGAGUUGGUCUCGCAGAAUAUGGGGCUCUACAAAGAGGUUUACGGCAAGAAGAUAGACGAACCCAAGACCGCUAAGUUGACAUACAACCAGUUGCACUCCGUGGAAUAUGAGCUUGCUAAUGCCACCCUUCUCACUCUGGUUAGAAACAAGGAAUUGGAAGACAUUGUGUUCACCAUUCGGCAGAUCGAAGAGACAUGGAAUCAUCAAUUCCACUACCCUUAUACUUUUAUGAACGACGAAGAGUUCACGGAAGAAUUCAAGCAGACGGUCAAACGCCACACGAGUGGUGAGUGCUACUUUGCGGUAAUUCCAAGCGCCAUGUGGGCCAAGCCUGCGCAUAUUGAUGCAACAAAACAAAAGCAAGGUGUGGCGAAGUUACAAGACAACAAGGUGCAGUAUGCAGGCAUGGAGUCGUAUCACAACAUGUGCCGGUUUAACUCUGGGCUCUUUUACCAUUUGGAAGAACUCAAGAAAUUCAAGUGGUAUUGGCGGUUCGAGCCUGCUACAAACUACUUCUGCCAUGUGGAUUACGACAUCUUCAAGUUCAUGGAGGACAACAACAAGACAUAUGGCUUUACCAUCUCGUUGUACGACGACCCACUAACAGUGGAGACUUUGUGGCCAGUGACCUUGGAUUAUAUCCGUGCUAAUCCACACAGCGUCAAUCCAAACGGUGCUUUCAAAUGGCUGACAGAUGUCAACCAGAAUCCGGAUAUCACCAAACAGGCUAACGGUUAUUCUACCUGUCAUUUUUGGUCUAAUUUUGAGGUUGCCAAUAUGGACUUCUACCGUGACGAACCUUACUCCAAAUGGUUUGAUGCUCUUGACAAGAAUGGAGGGUUCUAUUACGAGCGCUGGGGUGAUGCUCCUGUUCAUUCAAUAGGCGUGGGUCUCUUUGAAGACAAGUCUAAGGUGCAUUGGUUCCGCGAUAUCGGAUACCAUCACUCACCCUACAGUAACUGCCCCAACAGUGAACGCUGCAGUCGGUGCAAGAAGGGCGACUUUGCGAACUCCGAGCUGGACAACCAGAACUGUCUGAGCAACUGGAUCAAGUACGAGAUGACGUUCAAGGACUUGCAACAGUACUGA